AUGUAGAAUAUAUAAUAAUAAUAAUCAAUUAAAAAACAUGAAGGGGCCACCUUGAUUUUAGAAGAUAAAUAUAAGUUAUAUCUAGGAGAUUUAGAUGAUGCAUAGAAUAAAGUAUUAUCAAAAAACAUAAGUUAAGUAAUGGUUAAAAUCACAUUAAAUUUGUUGUGUUAUAACUGUAGCAAAUGGUUAACCUAUUAGUUAUUAUGAUAAUACAAUCAAACAUCACUAUUAUUUUAUUGAUGAUAAAGCAGAUUUUAAAAUAUAAAAAUAUUUUUCAAAAGUUUUCCAUGACAUUGAUAGAGAGUUAUAAAACACUAAUGUUCUGAGUAAACUAUAUAAUUAUAUUAUAGUUCAUUGUGCAGCCGGAAUAUCUAGAUCUGCUACUUUUGUAAUUGGAUAUUUAAUUAAGAGAAAGUAAAUGUCUUACAAAUAAGCAUUUAAUUAUGUGAAGAGCAGAAGACCAAUGAUAAGGCCAAAUCCAGGUUUUUAGAGUAUACUGGAAUCUUUAGAAUAAAAAUAAUGAUUUGAUUCAUUAAAUUA